AUGGCUGCGAGCGGGAGCGGGGUCCCGGCGAGAGCGCGUGAGGGCGCGGAGCUGGGCGUGAGGACCUGUUCACCUGCUCCCGGCGCCGCCGGAGGACACUGGAACCCGCCGGCCGCUGCGCUCCGUAGUGCUGAUCGCGGCCGGGUCGCCGCCGUCCCUGCUCCGGGCAACCGGCUCCCAGCUUGUCCCGGCCGCGCCCCCUUGGCCGCGCUGUGGCCUUCGAUCCCGGCUCCGCGGCGGAUCUGGCAAGCGCACCGGUCGACCGCAAGGAGGACAGGAGGGAGGGGUCGCCCGGCGCGCGCCCCGCCUCCCCACGCCCAGUCCCGCACCUCCCCACCUUGCGCGCCCAGCCCGGACUGCGCUUUCCUUCCGGGGAAAGAGAAAAAGGUCCCGGCACGGCCGCCGCCUCUUAAAGGGGCAGCACCGCCCCUCCCUCCUCAUCCUCCCUACCCCAGCUCCGCCUUCUCCCCCAAACACCUGUCGGCAACCCCCAAAGGCUUAGAUUUCCCCUCCCCGUCCCUCGCUUCUCCGAGAAAGCGUCGCCUCGGGAGCAAGAUGGAUGUGACGGGCGGGGCCGGGGGUGGGAUUUGUCUGGCCGCUUUCCUGCGGCUGCUGCUGCUGCUGAAAAGGCCAGCCCGGCUGGAGAGACCUGGCAUUGGCGCAUCUGGGAACCGAGGUCCGCGCGCGGCUGGCUGGAAUGCUGGUCUCGCCUCCGCAGCGCUGCCUGCAGGGAUUAGAAGACACGUGGGGUCAAGGAACAGGAAGCUGACCUGGAUGGAAGUUGAACAGUGAUCUUUGCUCUCUGCCUGGCUCCUGAGUCCUGUACCAUGUUCCUGGAGAAGGGGAGCCAGCCAGGGUAAGAAGGGCAGGGGCUUAGGGUGGAAACCCCAUGUGGGUGAGGAUCCUGCCUGAAACAGCUUUGAGAGUCCUGUGAUGAUGGAUCGGCCCCAUGCCAGGCCUUAUCUCUUUGGACAUCCCAAACAGGAAUGACCAGCAUGUCCGAUCCUGGGACUGGGAGCCGGAAAGGGAUGAGGGAUGGUUUUUCCACUCCAGGGGAGUGUCCAGAGGGAAUGUGGAGCAGAGCAGAGGCAACUGGUAGGGGGAGGGCCUGAGCUAAAGAAUGUGGAGGAGUGUCAGACCAGUCUGGGGAGAUGGAGUGGGAGUGGAGGGAGACAUGAAGACUAGAAGGAUCUCAGCUGGAGAGAUGGAGAAAGAGAAAUCUCAAGGUCCUUUGGUUUCAGUGGCACCGUCGUCUGUAGGAUCAUCUCAUCCCUCAGUUGGCUUUAUCAUGUCAACUCUUUAUCUGUCAACCCUUCCCCAUGGAGAAGAGACCCAUCUAGAAACAUAGACAGAGAAACAAGGGCACAGGAAUAGUACGUGUAAUGAGGAGUCUAAGUCCAUUUGUUGAUGUUUGCUGACAGCUUUUAAGCCUCACCCUUCCCUUUUCUCUGUGCCCUACACCUGGACAAGCUGAUAAGAAAGUCUGGGCGCACCCUCCUUUGGUGUUUGAGGGGGAAUAUUCACAAGCCCCUUCCUGAGGGAACCCUCACUCCUUAACCACAAUAAAAACCCAGGGCAGUCUCCUUCCUGGCUCUCCCAACACAUUUGGGACCUGCUUGAAAGGCUGGCCCUGCUCCCCCUGGAGGCCUCAAU